CGAGUGGCACUUUCUCCACGUGACGACAAUCCCCCACUAACAGGUCGUAUCAGUCAAAACAGCAAGUAGGGAAUGACGACAAAUCGCUAUCCAACCCAAGGCAGCGCUCAUUGAUCCUGUCAAACAGACAAGGCUGGUGAUAGCCCGGCACGCAUCCACCAUUUUUCCAAACGAUUCUGCGACCGAACCCCGAAUUCCACCCUGUCUUGACGGAUUGACGGCCUGCGGUCGUUCGCCUGCCGAUUAACCCACCAUGGAGACGCUCAAAGCGUUAUUCGUCAAGCCUGAUCCGCAGCAGCAGCUGCGAAAAUGCAACGCCCUCCUCCGUGCCAACGUCCGCAAGCUAGACCGCGACAUCAACCAGGUUAGGCAGGUAGAGGCCAAGACGAAGAACCUCAUCCUUCAGGCCGACAGGCGAGCGCAACGAGACCCCACGAGACAGAAACAAGCACAAAAGGAGGCCCGCGAUUUCGCUCGGGAGCUCAUCCGGGCACGAAAGACCAGCAACCGGCUCGUCACCUCCAAGGCGCAGCUCAACAGCGUGCAGAUGCAGGUCAAUGAAGCGUUUGCUGUGCGCAAGAUCGAGGGCAGUAUCCGCGCGAGCGUCGGCGUGAUGAAGGACGUCAACCGCCUGAUCCGUCUGCCCGAGCUGGCAGGCACGAUGCAGGAGCUGAGCGUCGAGUUGAUGAAGGCUGGCAUCAUCGAGGAAAUGGUUGGCGAAAGUCUGCCCGAGGACAUGGACGAAUUUGAGGAGGAGGAGGCAGAGGGCGAGGUCGACAAGGUGCUCGGCGAGAUUCUCAAAGACCGCAUGCCCAAGGAGCAGAUGCCCGCGGCGCCGGUCCACCAGGAGCCGAAACCGGUCGAAGCCGAGGAAGAAGAGGAGGACGCCGAGGCUAUGAUGGACCAAAUGCGCAACAGGCUCGAGGCCCUGCGAAGUUAAGGACUUGCAUAUUCGAUAAAGACGGCGUAUGGCGUUUUUCGUUCACGUUUACGGGUGUCGGUCGGUUGAUCAGUUCGAGUUUUCAGAGAAGGAGCAUCCCCGUAGAAUCGGAUCCAGCGUCUCACAG